AUGGUAUAUAUGGAAAACCCGUAUAGUGAAGUUUACAUAUCACCAAAUGGAAUACUUGGCUUUGGAGAUCGAUUACCAGAUGCUGUUGUACCGUUGCAAAGGCUAAAUAAGAGUGCCAUAGCUCCUUUCUAUGCUCCAGCUAGCGAAGGGACCGUAUAUUACAGGGCAACGUCAUCAGAUCGAGCUCUUCUGCGUCGUUUGACUGACUAUAUUCAUAAGACUUUCGCCGACAGUUCUGACUUUCAAACCCUACAAGCGAUGGUUAUCACUUGGGACGGAGUUCAAAACAAAGAGCAAGAUGGCGGAGCGACAUUUCAACUAGCGUUAGCAUCCGAUGGAAUGACUACAUACGCGCUGAUGCAGUUUCUUACACUGCCAUGGUCGGCAUCGGAAGGGAUCUAUGCGCAGAGCGGUUUUGCUAUGCCGGAUGGACGUUAUCAGAGCAAUACGAAUUCUGGCGGUCCCGAUGUGAAAGAACUUGCUCGGUAG